UUUAAAUAAUUAUUUUUGUGUUAGAUAGUGCAUUUAUCGAGGAAGGCUAUAUGCUACAUAACAUCACGCUGCAAUCAACAUGAGGUGAUCAGGGCGUGUGAAAGCGUGUAAAAGUAGCAAAGAAUAAACUAACAUUACAUCAAUACAAAUAAUAUUAAAUUCAAUCUCUCUUUCAAUAAUUUAUCUAAUCAUUGAGAUAAUCCUGUUAUAGAAACAUAUAUAUAAAACAAAUAAUUAUAAAUCGUUUUAGUCCUGCUAAUUCGGUCACAAUGGCGCAUUACAACUUUGAAGGCAAUAUCUCAAACGUUAAUGACCGUCAGUUGGAAUUCAUUAAAAGUGCUAUCGAAGACCUUGGGUUUAAGGAAAGCAAAGUGACAUUUGAAGCAGUUGGAGCAGCUGGAGACAAUUAUGCUGCAACAGUGAAAAGAAUAAUCAUAGAAGGAGACAACGGGAAGCUGGCGAUGAUUGCAAAGAUAGCACCAAGUAAUGAAAACAUGCGACUCCGUCUGAACGCUCCCCUCACAUUCGGCAAUGAACACAUAAUGUAUAAAAAAUUCUUACCAAAGUUGACACAACUACAGAAACAAGCAAACAUACCUGAAGAUGAAAUCCUAAAGUUUCCAAAAUGCUAUGGAUCGAGUGUUGAGGCGCCUAACGAAGUAAUUCUUCUGGAAGAUCUCAAAGAAGAUGGUUUUGUUAUGAUGGAUAGACUGAAACCCCUAUCAGAAGAAUGUGUAACCAGCGUAUUGAAGAAUUUGGCUGUAUUUCAUUCACUCUCAUAUGUAUUAAAGAACAAGGAGCCAGAAACCUUCAAUUACUUCAAGGACAAUUUGAAAAACAUGUGGGCAGCGUUAGUAAAUGCGCCUUCGGAAGACCUGGCUUCUUUGGAAUCCAUAGAACAACUUUACAUGGGUGUAGUGGAUAAUGAGGAGUAUAAGAACUUGAUAAAGCACAAAAUAUGUCAACUUGGGCCACUAAAUGCUAAAAUGUCUGUAAUAGAACCUGCUAGUAGGUAUGCAGUCAUACAUCAUGGCGAUGCAUGGACUACAAAUUUUAUGUUCAAGUUUAAAGGUGACGAAUUGGACCAGUCAAUAUUGAUCGACUAUCAACUCUCUAAAAUCUCAAGUCCUGCCACUGAUCUCCUGUACAUGAUAUUUAACUGCACAGACAUAGAAUCCAGGAGGAAAAACUAUCACAAUUGGUUGGAUUACUAUCACCUAGAAUUAGAUAAGUCGUUGUCUAAUUAUGGUCUGAAAGCUAGCCGUGUGUACUCCAGAGAGCUAUUAGAUGCUGAUUUAAAAAGAUACGGGAAAUUAGGAUUUGGGAGUUGCCUACUCGUGUCUAAUAUCAUGAUUGCAAACUCAGAGGAGGCAUCGAAAUUCAAGGACUUCUUCGAAUCGGACACGGAGGCAUUAGCAGAUAGUUUUUAUGAGAUCCACGAUGACACAGCUGUUCUGUUAAGGAAAAGGAUUACUGGACUCAUUGAAGAUUUUUAUGCCUUUGGUUUAUUAUAGUUUUGCUUGUUGUACGUGUAGGUUUGGUUGUGAAAGUAUUAUAUCUGUUACACUUA